CCAGUCAUUUCCUGAGGAGAUAUCAGGCCAGGCCAGACCUCAUUGUUCUUCGCUUCCAGCUAUGGCCACCAUUACCUGACAAGCACCAGAGCUGGUCUCUCUCUGAGCGCCUGGAGAAGCUGUCAGAGUAGUUUCUGCUUUCCCCAGGCGGGUUUCUGGUCUGUGACGGGGAAGAGAAUUCUGCCCCUGAGGCAUGGCCGGAAGGCAGAACUAACUGUGCGCCUCAGUCUGCGAGUCUUCCACUCAGGAUGCAGCUGAGGUGGACUUCAGUCAGCAAGAUGCACCGGAUUGUCCUGCUCACACUGCUGCUCUAUUCAAGCUUCCAGGCUCAGGAAAACUCUUUCACCAUUAACAGCAUCCACAUGGAAAGCCUGCCAGCCUGGGAGGUAUCGAACGGGCACAACCUGACCCUGAAGUGCCUUGUGGACAUCAGCACCACCUCGAAAGUCAGGCCCCAGCACGUGGUGCUGUUCUAUAAGGACGAUGUGCUGCUGUACAACGUCUCCUCCAGGGAGCACACAGAGAGCUUCUUUAUUCCCCAGGCUCGGGUCUUCCACUCAGGGAGGUACAAAUGCACCGUGAUCCUGAACAACAAGGAGAAAACCACUCAUGAGUACCAGGUGCUGGUGAAUGGUGUGCCCAACCCCACAGUGACACUGGACAAAAAGGAGGUGACGGAAGGUGGGGUUGUGACAGUCAAUUGUUCCGUGAAAGAAGAAAAGCCACCGAUUUAUUUUGAGAUUGAAAAAGUAGAACUGGAUACGAAAAUUGUCAAGCAGAAGAGACAGAAGACGUCGCUCCAGAGUUUCGUGCUGAUGGACUUCCCCAUUGAGGAGCAGGACCACGUGCUGGUGUUCCGUUGUCAGGCUGGGAUCUUGUCUGGGAACCGACUGCAGACCUCGGAAUCCACCAGGAGUGAAUACGUUACUGUGCGGGAGUCCUUCUCUACUCCCAGGUUUCAAGUCACGCCUCCUGAAGUGAUCAUAGAAGGAAACCAGCUCGACAUUAAGUGCACAGUUCAAGUGACACACUUGGUCCAGGAAUAUCCAGAGAUUAUAAUCCAAAAGGGCAAGACUAUUGUGGCCACCUCCAAAGAGGGGAACGAGGCUGUCUACUCCGUCAUGGCCAUGGUGGAGAACAGCGGCCGUUAUACCUGCAAAGUGGAGUCUAGCCGCAUCUCCAAGGUCAGCAGCAUCAUGGUCAACAUCACAGAGCUGUUUCCCAGGCCCAAACUGGAAUUCUCCUCCAAUCGUCUGGACCAAGGGAACAUUUUGGAUCUGUUUUGCUCUGUCCCGGGCACACCUUCAGCCAACUUCACCAUCCAGAAGGAGGGGAUGGUCUUGUCUCUGAAUCAGAAUUUCAGCAAGAGUGCCGAGGAGAGGGACAGCGGGGUAUACAGCUGUACGGCAGGCAUGGACAAAGUGGUCAAGAGGAGCGGCCCAGUACAGAUCAAAGUGUGUGAAAUGCUCUCUAAGCCUAGGAUUUUUCAUGAUGCCAAGGCUGAGAUCAUAAAAGGUCGUCCCAUAACCAUCAGCUGCCAGUCAACAAAUGGAACUGCACCUAUCACUUACUACCUUAUGAAAGACGCAAAUAUCUUCCGGAAUCUCAUGAUAAACUCCAAUGACCCAGCAGCAUUCACAGAUACGCCCACCAAAGAUGUGGAAUACCAGUGCAGAGCAGAUAAUUGCCAUUCCCACUCGGAGUUGCACAGCGAGAUCCUGAAGGUCGAGGUGAUAGCCCCGGUGGAUGAAGUCACGAUUUCUAUCCUGUCGAGUAAUGAGGUGCAGUCUGGGGAUGACAUGGUACUUCGAUGCUCUGUGAAAGAGGGCACUGGCCCAAUCACGUUCAAGUUUUACAAAGAAAAGGAGGAUAGACCCUUCCACGAAAUCAUCCUGAAUGCCACUCAAGCGUUUUGGAUCGGGAAACAAGCUAGCAAGGAGCAGGAAGGACAGUAUUAUUGCACUGCCUCCAACAGAGCCAGCCUGACACUGGCCAGCCCCCGGAGCGGUACUCUAACAGUCAGAGUCUUUCUUGCUCCGUGGAUAAAAGGGCUCGUUGCUGUGGUUGUCAUUGGAGUGGUCAUUGUUGCCUUGAUAGUUGCAGCCAAAUGCUACUUCCUGAGGAAAGCCAGAGCCAAACAGAAACCUGUGGAGAUGUCCAGGCCAGCAGCUCCACUUCUGAACUCCAACAGUGAGAAGGUUUCUGAGGCCAAUGUGGAAGCCAACAGUCAUUACGGCUAUGAUGGUGUUGGAAAUGAUGUAACGGAACCGAUAAAUCCAAAUAAAGACCCUCAGAACAUGGAUGUGGAAUACACAGAAGUGGAAGUGUCCCCCCCUGAGCCUCAUCAAGAGAUGGGAGGUGGGGACCCCAGCAGCUCUUGGCCAGAUAGCAACAGAGAACAAUAAGAGAGACCUUGUCUCAAACAAGGUGGAAGAGAAUGAAAGGCUGCCUUGAUGGGACUUAAGACAACCAAGACAAGACAGGUGCACAUGCCUGAGAGGACAUCCAUGUCCCAAGAAGAGCAGCCGAUUCCCGUAUCCCAAGAGUCCUGUGCACUUAUUUAUGAACCGGCCCUGGCCCCACUGAAAAUAGCAAUUCCUCAGGCCAAACCAUCCACUCUCAAAUCCUCCUGCCUUAUUAAUGUUGGGUGUAAAGAGAACCAGAGGCACUGUUUAAUGGCCAGCCUGACAGACCUUCUAACUAGAGCACCCUUGCAAUUUGGAAGAGUGAGGGGAGGUUCGGGGUGAAGAAACCCCUGGGGUAUUUUGAAGCUCAAAUACUGUGUCUCAGAGAGACAAGGCGCUUUUUUGUGCCUCCUGCACAGAAGCCGGUUUCUGUUACUUCAAUUACUUUUAGCAAAUGAAUGGUCUGGACUCGGGAGUGAGAUUUUUUGUUUUUUGGGUUUUUUUUCUGUCUUUCUUUUUCCUUCUGGGCUGACCUUGUUCCUUGGAGGUAUAGAUAGCUCAGAGAGAGCUUUACCUCAUCCCCUGGAUGGUGGCUUCGCUCACUGGGGGUUUUGGGGAGCAACUGAUUGGGAGCAACGCCUGUGGAGUGGGAACUUGGAGUCAAGCCUCAAGCAGGCAAUGCCAAAACUAGAUUGGAGCGAGCACAGGUGACCUUCAACUGCUUUCCAGAUCUUUCUUUUCCUCUCCCAUGCUGAAGGCCUAAAGAGGAGAAACAGUUGGCUACAGCAAAUGGUAUUUUUUUUUCUUAAUAGUAAAAGGAAAUGUGUACCUUUCUCACUAAUUUUUCUUUAUUUAUUCCAUGCUAAAGAAACAGUCUCCUGAGGUCCCAGGCUGUUUCCAAGGGUGGCUUGAGUGAGGGAUGGGAGCUGCCUCCAUUUCGCUGUGGAACACUCAUUUCAUUCCUAACAUUAUCUUCCCUGUUAGCCUCGGCCACCCAGCUGCAGGAGCCCUGAGGGGUGUUAUAUUAAAUAAAAUUGAUUUUUACUCUUCA